AUAUUCUUGCGACGAAGAAAGCGAAAGCGGUUGCAAAAGAGGAGGAAAACAAAACGCUUUUGGGGUAGGGAUAUCUUUAAAGAAAGGAAAAGUCAAGGUGACUUUUACAACCUCGUGGAAGAGCUUCGACUUGGAGAUUGUGAAUAUUAUUUCAGGUAAGCUUGUGUACAUGGGUUACGGAGAUGGAAAGUUUUAAAAUAUUCAAUGUAGACAGGUAAACUUUAUCUGUUUACGUUAUUCUGUGUUAGCUUCAGAAAGUUGAGAUGAGCUUUCUGUUUCCUUAGCUGAUUGAAUGAAAUUCAGUUUUAUACAAAUUGCCUUCGCUGAUGAAUUGUUAUCGUUGGCUUUUAUCACCUCAAAUUUUAGAUAUUUACGCAUGAGCCCAGAAAGGUUCGAACAUUUGUUGACCCUGGUUGGCCCCUUAAUUUCCAAGAAGGCCACUAAAAUGAGAGAGCUCAUUUCUGCUGCAGAGCGCUUAACUCUCACAUUGCGCAUGUUGGCCAGUGGGGAUGAUCAACAAUCAUUACCUUUCAGUUAUAGCCAAGGUAGGACCAUUGUUAGCCACAUUCCGAGGGAGACAUGCAGUACAAUUUGGAUGGCCCUAAGAGACAUUUAUUUAAGACCACCAAGUUCA